AGCGGGGCCGGGCCGGGGCGGGCAGAGGCCGUCUGUGUGCCGGUGGCAGCCAUGGGGCCGGCGGUGCUGAACGGGCUGCCUUUGGCCCUGGCCUUGGCCCUGGCCCUGGUGCUGCCCUCGGCAGCCCUGGAGAACGGUCUGGCGCUCACCCCCCCCAUGGGCUGGCUGGCCUGGGAGAGGUUCCGCUGCAAUGUGGACUGCCGGGCGGACCCUCGCAACUGCAUCAGCGAGACGCUGUUCUUCGAGAUGGCCGACCGCCUGGCCGAGGAUGGCUGGAGGGAGCUGGGCUACAAGUACAUCAACAUUGAUGACUGCUGGUCUGCCAAGAAGCGGGAUGCGGCGGGACAGCUGGUGCCCGACCCCAAGAGGUUUCCCAGGGGGAUUAAAGCUCUGGCUGAUUACGUCCAUGCCCGGGGCCUAAAGCUGGGCAUUUAUGGCGACCUGGGCACACUCACCUGUGGGGGCUACCCGGGCACCACACUGGACCGCGUGAAGCAGGACGCCCAGACCUUUGCAGAGUGGGGUGUGGACAUGCUGAAGCUGGACGGGUGCUACUCAUCAGGAGAGGAGCAGGCAGAGGGCUACCCAGAAAUGGCGAGGGCCUUGAAUGCCACGGGCCACCCCAUCGUCUACUCCUGCAGCUGGCCGGCCUAUCAGGGGGGGCUCCCCCCCAAGGUGAACUACACCAUCCUGGCAGAGGUCUGCAACCUGUGGCGUAACUACGACGACAUCCAGGACUCCUGGGACAGUGUGCUUUCCAUCCUGGACUGGUUCUUCGAAAAUCAGGAUGUGCUGCAGCCAGCAGCUGGCCCUGGCCACUGGAAUGACCCAGACAUGCUCAUCAUUGGAAACUUUGGCCUUAGCUACGAGCAGUCACGCUCCCAAAUGGCCUUGUGGACAGUGAUGGCAGCUCCACUCCUCAUGUCCACGGAUCUCCGCACCAUCUCCCCAAGCGCCAGGGAGAUCCUGCAGAACCGCCUGAUGAUCCAGAUCAACCAGGACCCCCUGGGAAUCCAAGGGCGCAGGAUUGUCAAGGAGAAGUCCCUCAUUGAGGUGUUCCUGCGCCCACUGUCCCAGGGUGCCAGUGCCCUUGUCUUCUUCAGCCGGAGGGCAGACAUACCCUACGUCUACACCACCAGCCUGGCUAAGCUCCAUUUCCCUGAGGAUGCUGUGUAUGAGGUACAAGAUGUGUACAGCGGGGAGAUCAUCAGAGGCUUGAAGGCGGGGGACAACUUCUCAGUCACUGUUAACCCCUCGGGGGUGGUGAUGUGGUUCCUGUACCCUGUGCCACAGCCCUGGCGCAUUGUCAGACAGCAAGCCCCCCGCGAGGGUUUCCGCCCGGUCCUCCUGUGACAGGGCUCAGCAGAUGGGGGUGUGGGUCCGUGCCGCAGCGGGCCGUGAGACCCUGCCUGGGGCAUGUGGCUCUGCCCUGCACAAGUGCCUUUCGGUGGUGUGCCCAGCAGUGCUGGGGGUGACCGUUUCUCUGGUACCAGCUUGAUGACGUCUGCUCAGUCUGCGUGAAGCAGGAAUUCUUGUUGCCACCUCCUAAGGGUGUGCAGAGCAUAGUUCCCCAGUGAUGGCAAAGCCUUCUGAGGUCCUCCUGUGGAAGACUCCAUACAAACAGAGCCCUGCUGCUGGUUUAGUUCAUCAUAUCUGACACCUGAGCGUUUCUCUGCUUCAGGCUGGGUACCACUGACUGUUGGGGGCUGUUUGAACUAAACCUGUAGAAAGGCUUUGGAUGCUUUUGUAUCUUCCAGGGUAGUGACUCACCUCCCUCUAUGUGUGAUGGAUGGCAUCUGAUCUUCAAGGAUCAGACCUGGUCACCUUCUUUUCUUCGCUAUAAUCAGCUUGGCUUAGAAUAAGGGGCUGUCAAUAGGGCUGCACCCUUCCUGUGUACCCAUCCCAGGACCAAGAGCUCCUGGAGGCAUGAUGGUCCUGUGCAGAGUCUUUGCAGGCCUGAUCCGGCUCCAGCAGCCUGGAGGCCAGCACUACUACAGCCUAGCAUGCAUGCUAGCAUUGUAUUAAAGCUCCUCUGGAAUCAGUGUA